AUGAACGGUAAGAAAUAUCCACUUGCAGGUUAUUCACUUACACCAUCACUUGCUGUUAUAGAUCCAAUGUUUACUAUGUUACUUCAAAAGAAAGCUAUUAAGGAUACAGGAAUUGAUGGAUUAGUUCAUACAACGGAAGCAGAAGCGAUUAAAUUAAUCUUUGAAAAUCUUCUUAAAUCAUAUAAUGGAGUAGAAGCAAGAGAAAAUAUGCAUAAUGCAGUUGGAAUUACAGGUAUAGUAGUUGCAUUCAUUGGUAUGGAUCAUUCAAUGUUUCACAAAGUUAGAGCAUCGUUCCAUCUUCCACAUAGUAGUUGUGUAGCAGUAUUAUUACCACAUACCAUUAGAUAUAAUGGACAAAAACCAAGAAAACUUGCAAUGUGA